GCGGCCCUGCGCGCGCACCCCAGCGGGUCCCACUCCCGCGCGGAGCCCGGGCGCCGCGGGCACGGGCGCUGCGCGUCCCCGGGCCCCCGGUGUGGGACCAGAUUCUCUCCCCGACGCGUCGCACCCGCUCUCGGUCACUCCUUACAGCUGACUGCGGGGUUUGCAACCCAACGCCGAAAGCGCAGAAACGGGCCGAGCGUUAUUUCUCCCGCUGCGGUGGGCUGCAAGGAGCGGCCCAGGCCUGUGGAGAAUGACGCGGGCUCAGGGUCUCGCGGCACGCUGUGGGGCCCGGAAGUGUCUGUUUCGGGGGGCAGUUUGCUGUCCCCGUCUCUCUCCCCACUCGGCAGCUGGCCCAGCUCUGGGUUCCUACUGGAUAGGAUCCAGUGAGCCCGGAAAGGCCUCAGACGCUGUGCACCUUUCUAACAAGGCCCAGAUGAUGGUAGGGGUUAGGACAAGUCUUCAAAGAAAGUCAGAAUAUUUCAAAGAUGCUUCAAAGAAGAUGAAAAGUGGGCUUAUGUUUGUCAAACUGGUGAACCCGUGUUCAGGGGAAGGAACCAUUUACUUGUUCAAUAUGUGUCUACAGCAGCUGUUUGAAAUAAAAGUUUUCAAGGAAAAACACCAUUCUUGGUUUAUAAAUCAGUCAGUUCAAUCAGGAGGUCUUCUCCACUUUGCAACACCUAUAGACCCUCUAUUUCUGCUUCUCCACUACCUCAGAAAGGCUGAUAAAGAGGGCAAGUUCCAGCCCCUAGAUCAAGUCGUGGUGGAUGACAUGUUCCCAAAUUGCAUCUUGUUGCUGAAACUUCCUGAACUUGAGAAGUUACUUCAACAUGUGACAGAAGAGAAAGAAAUAGACAAAAAGAAAUAUUACAAGUACAGCAAAGAGAAGACGAUAAAGUGGCUGGAAAAAAAGGUUAAUCAGAUUGUGGCAGCCUUAAAAACCAAUAAUGUAAAUGUCAGUGCCCGGGUACAGGCAACUGCAUUUUUCUCUGGUGACCAGGCUUCCAGUGACAAGGAAGAGGAUUAUAUUUGUUAUGCCCAUGGUCUGGUAUCUGAUUACAUCCCUAGAGAACUCAGUGAUGACCUGUGUAAAUAUUUAAAGCUUCCAGAACCUUCAGCUUCAUUGCCAAACCCUCCAUCAAAGGUGGCAGCACAAAGACAGAGAAGGGACAAGUGACAGCCGUUCCACUCGAAGCUUGGCUGCUUCUUCUAGGACUUCAGAUACUCUCAAAGGGCUAAGACUGUUUCUUCUGCGCCUCCUGGAAAUUCUCCAAAUGCCAAAAGGUGUAUUUUAAAGAACUACCCACUGAUGAUUCAUUUCUUCUUUGACUGCUACCGCCCGUCCAUUGGUUAAUGGCAUGCCACCCUGGAGGCAAUUCCGUCCCUGGAACUUGAGAGCAGCCUCUGGGUGUGAAUCCGCCUGAGGUCUGAGGAGCUCCAGCCACACCGCCCCUCUGCCCGCAGCCUGUCUUCUCUUCCACAGGCUCGUGCUUCUGAUUUCAAAGCAGUGGGAGGAGGAGGCUCUUUGUGAGAUUGGGGUCCUUUCGAAAACCUGACCAUGCUGGCCUAGAAGUAAUGCCUCCCUGGGGUCAGGUGAAUGUGUUUUAGGGAUGUGUGUGCCGACCAUAAGUACUUGAUUUCCACACACUAAAAGCUCUGUUGAACCAAGUUUCUACCCCUACUUAAAAAAGAAAG